UCAUCUCUCUUUCUCCGGCUAAAACCCUUUCUUCAACCUAUCUAUGUGAAAAGCUCUGUUCUUUCGGAGAAAAAUGGUAUCUGUAUUAUUCCAAUCUUCUUGUUCUUGUUCACUCUCUAGCUUUCGCUCUGUACAAUUCGGAGCUCGUCUCGUUUCUCCUCUGUAUUUCGCCGGAAGUCAUGUACACGUCACUUCCAGUGGUGGUCUUCGAAUCGAACAAGGAUGUUUACUGAACUUCAAAGGUGAAAGAUCUCAAAGAUUUGUUGUCUCAGCUGUGGUGGAUGAUAAAAGUAUUGUAGCUAAAGAGGAGAAGAAAGAAAGUGGUUCUGAAAAGGUUGUAGAUAAUCAGAAAAUGAUCAAAGUUUGUGAUAAGCUCAUUGAGGUUUUCAUGGUUGAUAAGCCUGCACCAUCUGAUUGGAGAAGAUUGUUAGCUUUUAGCAAAGAAUGGGAUAGUAUCCGGCCGCAUUUUUAUAAACGGUGUCAAGAACGUGCGGAUUCUGAGGAUAACCCUGAGAUGAAGCAUAAGGUUCAUCGGCUUGCAAGAAAGCUCAAGGAGGUUGAUGAAGAUGUUCAAAGGCAUAAUGAGCUUCUGAAUGUUAUCAAGAGGACACCACCAGCUGAAAUUGGUGAACUUGUUGCAAGACGACGAAAGGAUUUCACAAACGAGUUUUUUGAUCAUUUGCAUACUGUUGCAGAAUCCUACUAUGACAAUCCGGAUGAGCAAAAUGCUCUUGCAUCACUGGGGAAGUUGUCUAUAGCGGCUGUACAAGCCUAUGACACUUCAACAGAAAGCAUUGAUGCACUAAACGCUGCGGAACUGAAGCUCCAGGACAUAAUCAACUCCCCUUCUCUUGAUGCUGCGUGCAGAAAGAUUGAUAGUUUGGCUGAGAAGAAUCAGCUUGAUUCCGCGUUGGUUCUUAUGAUCACAAAAGCUUGGUCUGCUGCUAAGGAAUCAAACAUGAUGAAAGAUGAGGUAAAAGACAUACUGUAUCAUUUGUACGUAACAGCAAGAGGGAAUCUGCAGAGGCUAAUGCCCAAAGAGGUGAGAAUACUUAAGUAUCUACUAUCGAUAGAAGAUCCUCAGGAACAAUUGAGCGCUCUACAAGACGCUUUUACACCUGGGGAGGAGCUUGAAGGGACUGAUGUAGACUACUUAUACACGACGCCGGAGCAUUUGCAGAGUUUGAUAAAGACGGUAUUGGAGGCGUAUCAUUUCAGCAGAGAAGGGAGUCUAGUGAAGGAAGCCAAAGACCUUAUGCAUCCUGAGCUCAUUGCCAAAAUGGAACAACUCAAGAAGGUUCUUGAAAAGAAGUAUUUGUGAUCAAAGAUUUUACAAAUGAUAAUCUAGCUUUUGUUACUAUGUAUGUGUUGUUGUAUAUGGUGUAUGACAUUAAUCAGGUUUCACACAUAUUUUUGAUACCACCA